CACCGCCACAGCGACCAAUAUUAUGGCCGGCCCCGCCAGUUAGCUUUCUCGAUCUCGUCGUUUUGAAACCCGCCGAGUCCCGCUCUUCCUCUCUCCGCCGGAAAACCCUCGAUUGGUCCCACCUCUUUGCUAGGUUUAUUCCUCAAUGAUAUCAAAGAAGCUUUUCCGUCGGCGUCUCCUCUAAGGUCGAGACACUGGUGAACAAUUCAAGAACGACAUCAAGAAACAAGGUUUGACGUGUUUGAAAUCCGUCCCGAAUCAAACCUAGAAGACCCAAGCCACAUGAUCCAGAAUCUGCCCAUGGCUAUUGAUAGUGAGUAUGAUAACUAUAUGCAAGAAGAUGGGUCAUCAAGAGGAGAGAGAAUGAGUGAAGGAACCGCCAUGGAGGUUUUAACGAGACUAGAGCUUGACCUAGCAUAUUCUUCUGAAAAAUUACUGAACUUGGAGAUACUUUUGAUGCAAGUGUCAAGCAGAGCAAGUGAUUUUGAAGCUCUGACCACAGAGUACGAGGAUAUCUCUAAUGAAUCCAUUGAGAAGGCCUUUGAAUUUGAUGCUAUGUCUGGAAUUUUGAACACAGAGGUUAAAGAGCUCGACAAUUUUAUGGCUUCACUCCAAAUGGAUAUCAUGGAUGCCCACCAGAAGCUUUCUCAUGAUGACCACUUUAGAGAAUCAUCAAUAAAAAUAGAAGAAAAGUUGCUUGAUGCUCAAGAAUCCAUAAAGCAGUUACAAGAUCUAGUUGCUGAUAUUAGCAUGCAAUCAGCCAAGUUUGAAAGAACCCUAUCUUUUGCGCAUAAUGAAACCUGGACUGGUGGAGAUGAAGAGACCAAGAAUGGCCAUUUUUCUUCCGUGAAUAGCAAGUGGAAACUGCAGACGGUGGAUCAGCAAAGACAUGUUCUACGGAUUCUGGAGAAAUCUUUGGCCAGGGAAAUGGAUCUUGAACAGAAGCUGUCAGAUUCAAGAUCUAAUGAAGAGGACCUCAACUUAAAGCUGCACUAUGCAGAAAGGGAGUCGUACUUAAUGGAAGAGACACUAGAAAUGAUUUUGGAGAAAAUGUUUGAGGCAGAAAAUGCUGCUGUGCUCCUUCUAGGCAUUUCAAAAGAAUUAAUAGGAAAGUUCCAGAUUGUUCAGCUAAACUUAAAUGGGUCAUUACAUAGAGAAUGUGAAAUGAGGACCAAGUUGCAAGAUAGUAUGAUGAAAUUAUCAGCUGAAGAAAGCACUCUGGAGAAGCUGAAAACUAGUUGUGCAGAACUUGAUAACAUCGCUGUAGUACAAGAAAAUGGCCUAAAAACCAGCCUUAAAGAAGCUGAUGGUAAAUGCAUGCUUGCUAGUUCUGAGGUCUUGACUUUAAGGGAAAAGGUGAGAGCACUUGAGGAGCAGUUAAGUGAAUCUGGUAUCCAGUUGCAGAUGGCAAAGGCCUCUGUUGAAGCUAGUCAGGAACAGCAGACUUUGUUACAUUCUGAACUUACUCAGCUGGAAAAUGUAAUUGAGGGUCUGAAGGAAAAUGUCCGGAAAACAGAAAGCAGGGCUGAAAGUGCAGAAGCCAGGUGUACGCAAUUAACUAAAACUAAUGUGGAACUUAAUGAGAAGCUAGGUUUUCUUACAAAUAGUGGAUCAGAAAAGGCCAUAUUUUUAGAGAAGAAUCUCAAGGAAUCAAAUAGACAGUUAGAACAUGCAAAAGCAUCUGUUGAAGCAAUUGAGCAGCAGCAGAAUAUGUUAUACACUGCACUUAGUGAUAUGGAACAUAUCCUUGAGGAACUUAAGGGAAAGGUUGCAAAAGCUGAAAGUAGGGCUGAGAAUGCUGAAUCUAAGUGUACCCUGUUAACUGAAACCAAUUUGGAACUUAACGAAGAGCUGGGUUAUGUGAGAAGCAGAUUGGAAUGUUUAGAGACAUCUUUGAAUCAGGCAGACGAUGUGAAAGUAGCCACUGCCAAGGACAUUGGUUUCAGGAGUAAAAUCAUCACCGACCUCAUCAUGAAACUAGCGUUGGAAAGGGAACGCCUUCAAUCACAGAUAUCUGCAUUACGGAAAAAGAACAAAGUCCUGGUGGAAAGAUGCAAAACAAAGGAUAAUGCCCAUAUUACUCCGAGCCACAAGGGCAGCGAUGAUGGGAAUGAAUCUAGUAUCCUAAAACAAUCUGAAGAAGCAUUAACAGAACCUUCAACUACAAAUUUCCAGGUAGAUAAGUCAGCUGUGGCUGUGCCUGUCCAUGUUACUGGCACAAACACAACCGUUUCGGCAGAGGAUUCUUCAGGGGCAGAUUCUAAAAUUGAGACUGUGAGGACUAUAGAAGCCACACAGCUUACUCCUGAGUUUUUGUUCAUGGCUUUCCUUGUCUUGCUGAUCUCAGUUCUUGCGUUUUAUGUAUAUCAACAAAAAAAAUGGUGAUGCUUAAAAGUGCUCGAUGUAUUUUCCCACAGCAUAAGCAUUAGGCUUGGUGACGUGGUGACGAUGAAUAGCGGACAAUCUUGGUUCCCGGGGUAUAAAUUGGUAAAGCUAUUGAGUAGAGCUCUACGAGUGGAUUUGCUGUUUGAAUGAUGUGUCAACCGAGCUUUGCCACACUUCAGUUAUGUGCUCUGUACCAUCUUAUCAGCUAGUAUUAUUGAGUAUGUUGAAUUCUUGAUGGCUGUAAUACCCCUGGGGCCAUGCACUGUUCUUCUCCCUCUCUCUCUCUCUCUCUCUCUCCAGCCAAUUUAGGCAAUUUAGAUCGGUUUAUUUCCAUCAUACAA